GUGACGUGCGCGUGGACGUGAGCACGUUGUCACGUUGUUUUUGAAACAUUUUGAAGAGUUCAGGAAGGUUCGGAGUUGUGCAGUGAAGUCCCGAGGAGAGUUUCUGACAAUCGUAAACACCUAUGGCUGAACAAUCACACAGUGUCAUGGACGACGAAGCGAGAAUGAGGCUGCUUGAAAAGCUCCAACGAGAAGAGGAGGAAUUCAUUGCCAAUUUAAAACCAAGUAAAUAUCGGGAUGGCUGGAAAGAAGAAACAUGGGAAAAGGAAAUGGAAGAGCAUCCCCUUUUCACCAAAAAGCUUUCGGACACUGGGGAGUUGCCACCUCUUGUAGAAGCCAUGCAGCAAUUAAAAUAUGACACUGAACUGAAUGGCCCAGAAGAUUUGGCUGAGCAGUACAAGGAGGAUGGCAACAACAACUUCAAGUUGAAGAAGUACCGCUGGGCUGUGGCUUCGUACACGGAGGGACUCAGGCAGAAAUGCAAAAGUCUUGAGCUUAAUGCCCAACUGUACUGUAACAGGGCAGCAGCCCAUUUCCGAUUGAAAAAUUAUGGCUCGGCGUUGGCUGACUCAACGAUUGCUUCAAAACUGAAGCCGAACUACACGAAAGCAAUGACAAAAGCUGCCCUAUGUUGCUGGGAGUUGGAGCGUUAUCAGGAGUGCAUAGACUGGUGUAAACAGCUCUUAGAGUUGGACGCUGCGAAUGCAGAAAUGACAAUGCUUAAAGACAAAGCCGAGAAAGCCCUGAAAUUAGCUGAGCGGAACCGGAGGAAGACGGAGCUGAAGGAAAGACUGGCAGCCCGGCAAGAGGCGGCUCUCAGAAAUGCUCUCGUGGAACGAGGAAUUGAACUUCCCAAACCGAAGGACGAGGAACUGGAGUACAACCCCUUUGAGCCACUCACGCCCACCCACCCUGCCUUGCAGGGCCACAGAGUGCACCAGUCACCGUCAGGUGAUGGCCUUGUGUGGCCAGCCAUUUUCCUCUACCCCGAGGUGAUGGAGUCGGACUUUGUGCAAAGCUUUGACGAGUGCUCGACCUUUGGAGAGCAGCUUGAGCUGCUGUUCGGAGACACCGUCGACCAGCCCGAGUGGAAUGCCAGCAGUCGCUACACUCCCAACAGUGUCUCCGUUUGGUUCAAGGACCACUUCACUGGAAAGCCUGUGGCCAUCUCACCAGAAACUACACUAAGGACAGUAGUUUUUGACAAAAGGUUCCACAUUGACAAUGGAACCACGUCAUUUUGGGUCUUACCCAAAGGCACGGAGUACGAGGCACGUUUCCUUGCGAAACGGGCAGCACGUGACAUCCAGGAGAAAAUAAAUGAUGCGGCGUUCUUUUCGCACAAACAUGAAUGUGACAUCUUUUAUUUCACAACAUUUGAUACCUCUGUAUUCGUUUCUUUUUUUUUUACAGUAUUUGCAUGCACAAUUUCAACAGAUCCAAAACCAAAAUCAGCCCUGAAUUUGGCUCUUUUGCUCAUAUGCCCCCAAACAGCAGCGAGUGCAACAUGACCGCAGUGCCAUCCGUAGCAGCAGCACUAGGUCACGGUUGGUCUUUAAAACGUGAUUUUAUAUCAGGGAGUUGAGGUGCUUUGAUUUGCGACAUCGUGGGUAAGGCCUAAACAAAAAGUUUUGUUUUCCAUGUUUUAAGGCCUGUUUUGGUGUACGUGUAGCCUACCCAAACUUUAGUAAACAAUUGCUCUUUUCAAGUCGUAAGCGAUUCUCGUAGAAUGUUGUUCUCGGGGGCUCAAAGUCGACAUUUAAAAUAUUUCGUACAAGUGACGCUGGCAUUUGACCUUCCCGCCUGCAAUAGUAAGUUUAUACUGAUGCUGUUACGGUGGCUAGCAAAAAUAUGCUCACUCCUCGAGUAGACGCACAUCAUGGUAUAUGUAUCCGCAGCGUCACUUGUUUGCCGUAUGGUUUUAAAAAGCAGUAGUAGCAUUAAUCGGUUAUUGCUUUGCGAAUGUUUGCCUAAUACUCACUGCAUACUAUUUUCCAGUGUCUGUUGGCCCUUUCUCAGUAGUAUCUUUCACCUCGGUAGCUACUUUAUUUGUUGAUUUUCAUUUCCACAGGAGCCUCGUUGCGUUGUGGAAUCUUUUGUCUCACUGUACAUUCAAAAUAAAGAAAUCUAUCAGUACGUUAUCCUUUUACUGACUUAGAUAAAACAAAACACAAGUGAUGCCUUCGUGCACGCACAAAGGCAAUAGACCGUAUGUACAGUUGUACAAUAA